AUGACCGAGUUGCCUGAAACAAAAUGGAGGAAACCGGACCCAAGAUUCAUAAAACUUAAUGUUGACGCAGCUUUUUUUGCACAUGAGGGCAUUGGUGCAACUGCAGCUAUUCUCAGAGACAACAGGGGAAAUUUUAUUGCGGCUCACUGCAAAUUCAUUGCUAUUGCAGCCGAUGCUAUCACCACGAAGGCAAUGGCCAUGAGAGAUGGAUUACUAUUCGCUAAUUCCCUUGGUUUUAGUAGGAUAGAAGUGGAGUCUGAUUCCCUUCAAGUCAUUAAUUUCUGCUCUGGACAAACAAGAUGGUGGGAUGAAGCUGCAGUCGUAUUUGCAGAAUGCAUAGAUAUUUGUUCUUCUAUUGGAAAGGUCACCUUUAAGCAUUGCUUACGAUCAUAUAAUAAUGUAGCGCAUGUGCUAGCUAAUCAUAGUUAUCAUAAUAAGUCCUCUUUUAGUUGGUUGGACGAGCCUCUCGAUUUCUUGAUGAGGAAACUCGUGGACGAUGUAAGCGUGUUUUAA